AUGAAGGAUUCUGAUGAUGAUGACAAUGGGGACAGUGUUUAUUCUCUAAAGAGCAAAAAAGACACUGAUUGUCAAUACAAUCCCAAUAAGCAAGAACAAAGUGAAGAAGACACAGACACUGAUUAUGAAUUCAAGAUGGCUAAUACAAUCUCGAAAAGCAAGAACAAAGGUUUUAACCCAUUGGAAGAUGAAAAGGAAUUUUCUGAGAGUUCUGAUGAAGACAGUGACAGUGACUAUAUCGAAGGGUUUAGCCACAUGGAUUUUGAAGACAACUCCAACAGUGAGGGUUCUUACUCUCCGGAUAGCGGAGAGACAUUGUCAUGUACAUUGACAACCACUAAUGUCAAACCAAAGGUGACAAAACCGAAGAAGAAAGUAAAGCCCAAGAUCAAGAAUCCAGAGAGAUAUCUGGAUAAUCCAAAGAAUGUAUUUUUUGAGACAAGUAUAAAGAAUAGGUUAUUCGAGCUGUUGGUUCAUGCACAACUGGUUAAAGACUAUGGCUUGAGGUUUCAAGAUAAAGUUUGCUACAUCGAUCCAAAGGGGGAACUAGAAGCGAAAACAGCGAAAUGGAAGAGUACUCAAGUGUGUAUAUAA